AUGGCCUCGUUACCUGAGACCGUCCUCGGCACCGCCAGCCCGGCGCAGGAUGCCAUCCUUGCCCACCUGUCGCGGCAGGACAAGCUGAGCCUGGCUGCCAGCUGCACCGCCCUGUACGGCUCAAGCCUGGCAUGGUUCCAGGAGGUUGAUGUGGAGGUGACGCCCACCGUGACUGAUGUGGCGGCGGUGGCGGCCUGGCUGCACAAGUAUGGAGCUUUUGCACGUGUCACCCUCAAAAUGCCACUUGACAACCCUGCCAUACAGCAGUACAUCAGCCAGGAGCAGGUGUGCGCGUGCCUGAGCGCCCUGCCAGCCAGCCUGGUGGCUUCGCUGGCUGGCGGCGAUAUCACUGGUCACGCGCUGCCAUCCCGGCUCCCCACCAGCGCCCUGGCACGCCUCACACGGCUGACCUCUCUGGAGCUGCCUUUGCAUUUCAAGUUCGUUGCGUCAGGCGAUGCGGCCAACCUGUGGCAGCUCACAGCGCUGCAGCGCCUGCGGCUGGAAUCUAGCCUUUGCACCGGCGCCUGGCGCGGCCUGGCUGCCCUGAGCCAGCUGCAGCACCUGGAGAUUAACUGCGGCGCUGUUCCUCCCUUCAAAGACCUGCCAGCCGGCCUUUCCACCCUGACGGCCCUCACCCAUCUGGACCUCUCCACUCUGAAAUUACCUCCCCAAGAACACGCCAUCCUCCCCCAGCACCUGCAGCGGCUGAGCCUGCUGCAGCACCUGAGCCUAUACCGCGUCGCCACCAGUGAUGACGUGAUGCUGCAACACCUGGAGCUCAGCUUUUGUGAUCUGGCAGCCGUGCCCGAGCAGCUGUCGGCGCUGACAGCCCUGACGCGGCUCAACCUGUCCGACAAUGACACAAUGGUGGGCGGCUGGCAGCACCUGCGCCCGCUCACCCGCCUGCGGGAGCUGGAUCUGUUGGGUGUGCCGCUGCCCGACGGCGUGCCCCCAGAGGUGGCCGCGCUGCCGGCGCUGGAGCGCUGCUACUGA